AUGGAGAAGCACAUCAUGGACAAGGUGGCUAUGGCAAGCAUCGCAGGCUUCGUCAAGCCCAGUCCUGCUACAGCUCACCUGCGAGGAAUCAGGUCAAUGAGCGAACUGCGACAUCAGAAAUCCCGUCAAAAGGCCCAAGACAUUGAGGCUCAGCGCACGGCUUACCUGGUUUCGCGUGGACUUAUACUGCAGAAUUAUAACGAACAACAUAUCUUCACUCCUGCACGCAUCGAGGACAUACUCAAUCCUCUCCUUUCGGCGAAUGGAGACAUCAGACAUGAUUUUGCAAUCUUGGGGCGUAUCGACAAUGACGAGCAAGCGAUCGGACUCAGGCACAUACUAAUCGAUGUCUAUGGUGUUGAUACGCUUAUUUCACGUGUGGAGAACAUGUAUGUUGUCUUCCCUAAGAAGGAAAAAUGUCCGCUCAUGAAUGCCAGAAUCACAACCGCUCCCCCCAAGGAUAAAGCCAGCCCAUGGGCCAAGAUUGCACGCAGUGCCCGUCAUCUAAAGCAGAGCUUCUCGCAACUCAAAGCAGAAUCCUCGCGUUCAGCUCGCGAAGCGCGAGAGCCUGUUGCCGACGUCCCACUCAAUAUUCUGGAAAGCAACGACAUGCUUGUCAUCCUGAACGCACGUGCUACUGUCUUGCUUAACUUCUCCUUUCGAGGGCGCCACCAUUCUACACACGUUGUCACACUCUCCUCCCUAGCGAGAUGCCUAUUUUCGGCGCGGAGAACUGACUCUGACUUGGUUGGCAGAGACGCCAGCGAGGAAGAGAAACUCUGGAUGAUUCAUCGGAUGCUGCAACUCAUUCGUGACGAUGUCUACCAGAUUCUUGUCCAUGCUAGCCAAGACUUCGUGGAAGCAGAACAAGAGGAGCAACGGCAGCAUCUGAGCACUUUUUGUGCGAGUCUGAAAACAUGGCAAAACAUGAUCAACAGGCAGAUUCAGUCGGCAAGAGGCCACUUUCACCAGAUCGAGUCGAAUGAUGGUUUUUCCGAUCGCAUGGCUACACUGCGAGCCAAGUGUGAGAGAUAG